CCAACAACGCACACGCAGACGUAUGCAAGAAAACGUCCCAUCACUGUAGUCGUAAUUUGCAGCUAGCAAUCCUAGCUAGCUAGUUAUCCGAAGAUGGCGGCUUGUAGACGUGUUCCUUGUCUCCUGCUUUUGAUGUCUAUCCUUUUGUAUGUGCAUCCCAUUCGAGAGGAUAAAUAUCAGAUCAAUGGAGUCGCCAAGCCUCCAGUUAGUGUUGUUAUCCCGGCUCAAAAUCCAGGCGGAGUACCGGCUGCUGUAAACGGAGCUCCAGUACUCGCGGCCCUGCCACUUCGUAGACGCAUUAGCGGCUGGAAGCUGGCGGAAGAGGGGGCUUGUCGGGAGGACUUGACAAGGCUUUGUCCGAAACAUUCCUGGAACAAUAACCUGGCUGUGCUUGAGUGCCUCCAGGAUAGGAAAGAGGAAACGGAGAUUGCUGCUGACUGCAACCAUCUCCUUUGGAACUACAAACUGAACCUGACGACCGACCCCAAGUUUGAGUCUGUGGCUGUGGAGGUGUGCAAGACCACCAUCACCGAUAUAAAAGAAUGUGCAGCGGAGGAGAGAGGGAAGGGCUACCUGGUGUCCUGCCUGGUGGAUCACCGCGGUAACAUCACAGAGUACCAGUGCAACCAGUACAUCAUCAAGAUGACCAGCAUUGUGUUCAGUGACUACCGCCUCAUCUGUGGCUUUAUGGACAAAUGUCGCGAGGAUAUCAACACCCUGCACUGUGGCAGCAUCUCCACCGGCGAGAAGGACGUGCACUCCCAAGGCGAGGUGAUAGCGUGCCUGGAGAAGGGUCUGGUCAAGGAGGCAGAGGAGCAGCCCGGUGCCCACGCCAUCGGGGCCAACUGUAAGAAGGCCAUCAUGCGCGUGGCCGAACUUUCCUCAGACGACUUCCACCUGGACCGAUACCUAUACUUCUCCUGCCGGGAGGACCGUGAGCGCUUCUGUGAAAACACUCCAGCUGGAGAGGGCAGAGUUUACAAGUGUCUCUUCAACCACAAAUUUGAGGAGGCCAUGUCUGAAAAGUGCAGAGAUGCUCUGACCACUCGUCAGAAGCUGAUUGCCCAGGACUAUAAGGUGAGCUACUCCCUGGCCAAGGCCUGCAAGACGGACCUGAGGAAGUACCGCUGCAGCGCGGACACCAACAUGCCCCGCGCCCGCGAGGCCCGCCUCUCCUACCUGCUACUCUGUCUGGAGUCUGCCGUACACAGAGGUCGUACGGUGAGCGGGGAAUGUCAGGGUGAGAUGUUGGACUACAGGAGGAUGUUGAUGGAGGACUUCUCUCUGAGCCCAGAGAUUGUGCUGCAUUGCCGUGGGGAGAUCGAGGCCCACUGCUCCGGACUCCACCGCAAGGGACGCACCCUGCACUGUUUGAUGAGGGUAGGCCGAGGAGACCUGGGCGCCAUCGACAACCUCUGCCAGAAAGCUCUCCAGACUUUGAUCCAGGAGGCAGACCCUGGGGCAGACUACCGUAUCGACCGGGCCCUAAACGAGGCCUGUGAGUCUGUCAUCCAGACAGCCUGCAAACACAUCCGCAACGGAGACCCGAUGAUCCUGUCGUGUCUGAUGGAGCACCUGUACACAGACAAGAUGGUAGAGGACUGUGAACACAGGCUGCUGGAGCUGCAGUACUUCAUAGCACGGGACUGGAAACUGGACCCCAUCUUGUAUAAGAAGUGCCAGGGCGACGCCUCCCGCCUGUGUCACACCCACGGCUGGAACGAGACCAGCGAGAUGAUGCCACCCGGCGCCAUCUUCUCCUGUCUGUACCGCCACGCGUACCGGACAGAGGAGCAGGGACGGCGGGGGAAUGCAGUGGAACAAACAGGAAAACAAGGUUACAUUCUGUCUCGGGACUGUAAAGUAGAGGUGCAGCGUAUCCUCCACCAGAGGGCGCUGGAUGUGAAGCUGGACCCGGAGCUGCAGAGGCGCUGUAUGACCGACCUGGGGAAGUGGUGCAGUGAGAAGGCAGAGUCUGGACAGGAGCUAGACUGUCUACAGGACCACCUAGAAGACCUGGUGUCAGAGUGCAAAGAUGUGGUGGGCAACCUGACUGAACUGGAGUCUGAGGACAUUCAGAUUGAGACGCUGCUGAUGCGAGCCUGUGAGCCAGUCAUCCAGUCCUACUGUCACGAGAUGGCAGAUAACCAGAUCGACACGGGGGAUCUGAUGGAGUGUCUGGUGCAGAACAAACACCAGAAGGAGAUGAACGACAAGUGUGCCGUGGGCGUCACACACUUCCAGCUGGUCCAGAUUAAAGACUUCCGUUUUUCCUACAAGUUUAAGAUGGCCUGCAAAGAGGAUGUGCUCAAGCUCUGCCCCAACAUCAAGAAGAAGGUGGAUGUAGUACUCUGUCUGAGCACCACGGUGAGGAACGACACUCUGCAGGACAUGAAAGAGCAGCGUGUGUCUGUCAAGUGUCGUAAGCAGCUGAGGGUGGAGGAGCUGGAGAUGUCUGAGGAUAUCCGUCUGGAGCCUGAGCUCUACGACUCCUGUAAGCAGGACAUCGGGCGGCUGUGCCAGAACGUGGCCUUUGGAAACGCACAGGUGAUCGAGUGUCUGAAGGAGAACAAGAAGCAGCUGACCCAACGCUGUCACCACAAGGUGUUUAAGCUGCAGGAGGUAGAGAUGAUGGACUCAGAGCUCGACUACCAACUCAUGAGGGUCUGCAAGCCGAUGAUCCGGCGGUUCUGUACUGAGGCUGAUGCCAAGAACAUGCUGCAGUGCCUGAAGCAGAACAAGAACAGCGAGCUGAUGGACCCCAAGUGUAAACAGAUGAUCACCAAGAGACAGAUCACACAGAACACGGACUACAGGUUGAACCCGGUGCUGAGGAAGUCGUGUAAGGCUGACAUCCCGAAGUUCUGCCAGAGCAUCCUGAACAAGGCUACAGGGGACAGCGAGCUAGAGGGACAGGUCAUCUCCUGUCUCAAACUCAAAUACGCCGACCAGCGUCUGUCGCCUGACUGUGAGGAUCAGAUUAGGGUUAUCCUGCAGGAGUCAGCUCUGGACUACAGACUGGACCCUCAGCUGCAGCUGCACUGCACUGAUGAGAUCUCUCGGCUGUGUCCAGAGGAGGCUGCGGCCCAGGAACAGACGGGUCAAGUAGAGGAGUGUCUCAAAGUCAACCUGCUCAAGAUCAAAGUGGAGGGCUGCAAGAAGGAGGUGUUGAACAUACUGAAGGAGAGUAAGGCAGACAUCUUUGUGGACCCUGUCCUCCACACAGCCUGUGCUCUGGACAUCAAACAUCACUGUGCUGCCAUCCCACCAGGACGAGGACGCCAGAUGUCCUGUUUGAUGGAGGCUCUGCAGGACAAGAGGGUGCGUCUGCAGCCUGAGUGUAAGAAGAGACUGCAGGACCGUAUCGACAUGUGGAGCUACGCUGCCAAGGUGGCCCCGGCCGAAGGGUUCUCAGACCUGGCCAUGCAGGUGAUGACCUCACCCUCCAAGAACUACAUCCUGGCUAUGAUUGGCCUGGGCGUGUGCGUUCUCUUCCUGUUCGGCCUGCUGUGCGGCCGCAUCACCAAGCGAGUAAUGCAGGAGCAGAAGAACAGGUAGAGAGGGGGGCCUCAGAGGGCCCCAACGGCAAAAAAAACCCUGGACAGGGCCCUCCCUCAGCAUAGCCCCAACUGCCCCCACCUCAGCCUGACUACAUGUACAAACCAUCUUCCCCUACUUUCUCUCCCCCUCUUUUACCCCCCAAGCCUCCUCUACGUCACUCCCUGAGACUGGGCUCUAUGGGGAAGCCAUUCAAGCUUCCCUGUCAUCAUCGCUAUGUCGUCGGAGGGCCACUUUGGGGCCUGGCCUUCAUUACCCAAACUCCCCUAUGGUGGUUGGUCUCCCAGUUUUACUGGUGUGAGAGCCCACAUGCCCCAACUGUGAGACCGACACAUAACCCCUCCAACUCCACUCCAGUGUCUGACUGAUGAAAGCCAAGUCUUCACGUUAUGUUCUACAGGAGACGUCUAGAAGGACGAUGCCGCCACCUCUUAGGCCUCUAUCGCUCCACUGCUAACCAGCUAACGCUAACAGACCUGUACCGCCGGGCUAGGCCAUAAGCAUUAUUUAUUGAUUUGGAUUCUGCUUUUGGUUUCUUUUGCAGUGUUUUAUUUUUUUUCCGCCUCAUUUAGAUGCAAUAUUUAUUUUUCUUUUAAGAAAUGUUGCAUUUGUGGGGGGUUGGUGGGUCAGAAGGGGAGGUGGGGUUCUCAGUAAGCAUGAAGGCUUUCAAUGAUUUCAGUACUGAUACUGUGUGUGUGUGUGUGUGUGUGUGUGUGUGUGUGUGUGUGUGUGUGUGUGUGUGUGUGUGUGUGUGUGUGUGUGUGUGUGUGACAGUUGUGAAAGAGGAGUAUUAAUGCUGUUUUUCUAUUAUAUUUUUGUUCUUCUGAGAGGACGAGGUGGUUGACAGACUUCAGGUUGCCGAUGGGUAUUAGAUUCACUGAUUUGCCAUGGGACUGCCAGGUGUGGCGUUGAACUGUCCUCCACUGACUGAGCCUCAUGGGAGAGGAGUCCUGUAGCCUACAGUAUAUUAUAUCAGUCUUACACUCCUUAAAGCUGAUGAUAAUUAUAUUGAUUAAUCUAUUCGUGUUUAUGCUGAUAGACCUGGCAGUGUAUCAUAGAUGGCUCCAGUGGCAAGGAUGCCUGCUUAGAUAGUACAGUCUGAAACGGUACUCCAGUCACUCCAUGCUUGGCCUGUGGUAGGGUUAGCAUGAUGCUAACUUAAUGGGUGGUAUGGUAGAGAAACGGUUUGCAUCAAACAGACUGGCAUUCACACACAUUUCUCUCAAGGUACUCUGUUAACAGUGAGCAUUUGACAGAGAGCUGGGUCUAAUUUGUCUCGAGUGGACACAACACUGACGGAUUGUGCAGAAAGAUAAAUCUCCUUUGGAAAACGGUCUUCGAACAAGUGUCUCAUUUAGUUUUCAAGGAGUGAAACCUGUAGGGUAGCAGGUUUAAACCAUGGGUAUUGGUAUUGAAGAAUGGUUGGUGGUACAAAGGGCCAAGAAUAAUGAAAAAAAAAAUAAGAUAUACAAUACAGAUUAACGCUUAUAGAGAUGUGAAGAUUUUGUUUGAAAGGAUACUGGAACCGUUGCACAUUUUUCUGUUAUUAUAUAUAUAUAUAUAUAUGUUAUUAUAUAAUAACAUAUAUAUAUAUACACCCAUAUAUAUAGAGAGAGAUAUUGAUAUUGUUUGGUCAUAGCCUUAUUUAUUUGUUUACUAAUGGUCAAAGUUGGUGAGCCCUUUUUUGAUUUGAUUGUUCUCUUGUUGCCUUUUUCUUCAUUGCCUGUGAAGUACCCUGUUCUUAGACCAGGUUAAGAGUAGCCACAGCCUUUCACCUUACCUUUGAGCGAAGCCUGGUAGCUGAGGCUAGGUUAAGGGAAGCGGGUGGUGGUGGUGGUGGUGGGGAUGAGUUUGGGGGAGGGGCUGGAUGUUGUCACUCCAGGAGCAUCUUGGCUCGGUUUUAGUUACUGAACUAACUCUAAAGUACUUGUUCAGGUGGGAUCUAAACGUUAACCAAUCCAAUCCGAACAGAGGAAAGCCCUCUCAAGGAGGAGGAGUUCAAAUGCGUUCUCACGAUGAUUCAACAAUCUCUUUCUCAAAACAAACUGUCAUGCCAUGUAAAUGAGUCUUUAGAGUUUUCCCCUCAUUGCUACUAUGUCAUUGCCUUGUUCUUGAAUUGGUGUGAGCUGUGAGCGCUUCCCUCCUUGCUUGUAAAAACAAUUGAUAAAUGUAAUUUAAAUGGCCUCCGCUGUAACCAUGCAAACGGUAGAUUUGUCAAUGUGUGCCUAUCCCCCACACUAUAUAUAUAUAUAUAUAUAUAUAUAUAUAUAUAUAUAUAUAUAUAUAUAUAUAUAUAUAUAUACACACUAGAAGCCCCUAGCCUACUCCUAACUCCCCUUCAAACUGAGCAGAGGUGUGUGUGUACAUGCGCCCCUCAAAGCUGUCACACCCCAGACUUGGGAAAGGGAAACACUCCAUCAAAGGCACCUAGUUUGGGAGAACACGUUGCAAUUGUUCCGUUUUUUUUUUUUUUUUACCAGCGCUCCUGUCUUGUGCUACCAAGACGGCAUUGAAUUCUGUUGAGUAGUUCAAUCUAUCAAUACUUACUGUUAUUUUUGUCUGUCAAAAGCUUUCAUCCAGUCAAUUUAAUUACUAUAACAAUGACUAUAACAUAUGAUUAAGAUUAUGAUGAAAAAUAUGUUUUGUAAUUAUGUUCUUGUGUAUAAAUGUAUGGAGGUCCUUUGCUUUCAUCUCUGAUUAUGCCAUGUAACAGAAUAACAGUGCAUUUCCCUGGUUUUGAGUUCUGUCCUAUACCGAUGAAGUUGGACACUUUGUUAAUAAAGUCUGCCGGUUUUUAUAA